AUGGGUUGCAAGACUCAACUAAUAAAAUGCAGCAUUCAAGAUCCUAUCCCAGUUGAUCACAAGUAUUUCCAACCAGGUGAUUUAACCAUUGGUGGCAUUACUUCUUUUCUCUUAAUAACUAGAGAUGUAGGAAGCUUUGAGGAUGAUCCCCAUCAUUCUGUUGUCGGUGAAUCUCUAGUACUCACUAAGUACUAUCAGCAUAUCUUGAGCAUGAUAUUUGCUGUGAAGAACAUCAAUGAAGACCUCCACAUCUUACCUAAUAUCACUUUGGGAUUCAGAAUCUAUGAUAGUUAUGCUGGGGUCUGGACAUAUUAUGCUACAAUGGAACUUUUCUCUAGUCAGAACAAUUUUUUCCCCAAUUACAAAUGUGGCAUCUUGAACAAACUCACAUCAGUUGUUGGGGACCUUGAUCCUAUCAUUUCUUUUGAAAUGGCAGAUAUUUUAAGUAUUUACAAGGUUCCACAGUUUCCAACUGGUUCUUCUUCAGAUGAAAGCCCUAUCUACUAUCGCAUGGUUCCAGGUGAAGAGCUUCAUUACAUGGGAAUAAUUCGACUACUUUUGCACUUCAGAUGGACUUGGGUUGGGAUACUUGUGAAAGGACUUAGAGGAAAAUUUGAGCAUCUAAUUAUUUCAAUCUUUCCUCUCCAUGGUAUUUGCAUUGCAUUCUUGGAACAAUUAAGACCAUUUUACUUCAACACUAUUUCUGAUAAUUUGAAAUGGCUUGUCAAAAGCUUUCACACUAUUGUUAACAGCAAAGCCAAUGCUGUCAUAGUCAAUGAUAAUUAUCUUUUAAAUUUAAGAUGGUUGUUCCGUCUACCUGAAAUGGAAAUAGUUUCUAUAAAGCCGAAAGGUAAAAUAUGGAUUGUGGCUUCAAAAGUGGAUCUUGCUUCAUUCUUUUAUCAGAAAAGCUGGGAUAUCCAAUUCCUCCAUGGUGCUCUGACCUUUGCAGCUCACUCAAGUGAAAUUACAGGAUUCCAACAUUUUCUCCAGACAAGAAACCAUUUCUCAGCCAAAGAGGAUGGUUUUGUCAAAAGUGUGUGGGAGCAAGCAUUUGGUUGUGUAUUUCCAAAUCCAUCUGAGGAUGAGGAAAUGGAUGAUCUGUGCACUGGGAAGGAGAAACUGGGGAGCCUUCCUGGACCUUUUUUUGAAAUGAAGAUGACCAGUCAUAGUUACAGUAUAUACAAUGCAGUGUAUGCUGUGGCGCAUGCUUUACAUAUCAUGAACCUGAGCCAAAAACACAGGAAAAAGCUGAGUGGUAGAAAACUCAAUCUUCAGGAUCUUCAGCCAUGGCAGCUUCAUUUCUUUUUGAAAAGAGUGUCAUUUAAUAACAGUGUUGGAGAUGAAAUUUCCUUUGACAAGAAUAGAGAACUGAUUACAGGACUGGAUAUGGAAAACUGGGUCACUUUCCCCAACCAGUCUUUCCAUCGAGUGAAAGUUGGGAAGCUGGAUCCCUGGGCUGCUGAAGAUAAAAUGUUCACCAUUCACGAAGAAGCCAUCAGCUGGCCCAGUACUUUCAACCAAACCUUACCUGUUUCAGUCUGUACUGAGAGCUGCGUCCCUGGUUAUUUCAAGAAAAAGCAAGAGACAAAACCUUUUUGCUGCUAUGAUUGCCUGCCAUGUCCCAAAGAGAAAAUGUCAAGUCGGAAAGAUAUGGAUGACUGUAUGAGAUGCCCAGAAGAUGAAUAUCCAAAUAAGGAUCAAGAUUCAUGUAUUCCCAAGAAAACAUCUUUCUUGUCAUAUAAAGAACCAAUGGGUCUUUGCUUAAUCACUCUGGUACAUUUCUUUUCUCUCUGCACAAUUGUGGUGCUAGCAAUAUUUCUGAAACACCACAGUACACCUAUUGUAAAAGCCAAUAAUCGAAAUCUCACUUAUGUUCUCCUUAUCUCCCUCCUCCUCUGCUUCCUUUGCUCUCUGCAGUUCCUUGUUUCACCAGGCAAUAUAAUAUGUCUUCUCCGACAAAUUAGCUUUGGCAUCAUCUUUUCAGUGGCCGUGUCUUCUGUGCUGGCAAAAACCAUCACUGUGGUUAUGGCUUUCAUGGCCACCAAGCCAGGAUCCAGAAUGAGAAAAUGGGUGGGAAGAAGGCUGUCACUCUUCAUUGUUCUUUCUGGUUCUAUGAUUCAAACGGGAAUCUGUAUGGUGUGGUUGUUCACAUUUCCCCCUUUUCCUGAUGUUGAUACACAUUCAAAAAUAGAGGAAAUCAUACUCCAGUGUAAUGAAGGCUCAGCUAUCAUGUUCUAUUGUGUCCUAGGCUACAUGGGCUUUCUGGCAGCUGCCAGUUUCACAGUAGCCUUUUUCUCCAGGAAUCUCCCCAGCAGUUUCAAUGAGGCUAAAUGUCUCACAUUCAGCAUGCUGAUUUUCUGCAGUGUGUGGAUCUCUUUUGUUCCAUCCUACCUGAGUACUAAGGGCAAAUACAUGGUGGCUGUGGAGGUCUUCUCCAUUUUGGCUUCUAGUGCUGGGUUGCUAGGCUGCAUAUAUCUCCCAAAAUGUUACAUAAUCAUUGUAAGGCCAGAACUAAAUAACAGGGAACAACUAAUAAAGAGAACAUAG